UGGACGUUAUAUGUAGAACUGUCAUCUGUUUUUGGUUAGGAUCAGAAAACAACAAAAACACGUGAAAACAAUCAAGAUGCCCUUGUGCUCAGCAAAUUGUGGCUCAAAUGCAAUUCUAAAGAGGCCCAAAACAGGUGACGCACUUUGCAAGGAAUGUUUCUUUGAGGCGUUCGAAAAUGAGGUACACUUUACAAUUACAAAAGCGAAAUUAUUUGAGCCUGGUAAAACGGUAGCAAUUGCAGCGUCGGGAGGGAAAGAUUCCACUGUGUUGGCCUACGUUAUGAAACUGUUGAAUGAGAAGUUUCACUACAAUUUAAAUUUAGUCUUGCUAUCAAUCGAUGAAGGUAUAACUGGAUACAGAGAUGACAGUUUGGAAACUGUGAAAAAGAACCGUGACGACUACGAAAUGCCUUUAAAAAUUAUGUCUUAUAAGGACCUCUAUGGCUGGACUAUGGAUGAAAUUGUGGCUGAGAUUGGUAGGAAAAAUAACUGUACAUUCUGUGGUGUAUUUAGAAGACAAGCAUUGGACAGAGGAGCAAACUUGCUAAAAGUGGAUUAUUUAGCAACUGGCCACAACGCUGAUGACAUUGCUGAGACAGUGCUAAUGAAUAUACUUAGAGGAGAUUUGGCAAGGCUAAAUAGAUGCACAUCAAUCAUAACAGACAGUGGUGAUGGAAUUCCAAGAGUAAAGCCUUUGAAAUAUACCUAUGAGAAGGAAAUAGUUAUGUAUGCAUAUUACAGAAAAUUAGUUUAUUUUUCAACUGAGUGUGUCUUUGCACCUAAUGCAUAUAGAGGUCAUGCCAGAGUUUUGUUGAAAGAUUUAGAGAAAAUUGAUCCUUCUGUGAUUAUGAAUAUUAUUCAGUCAGGUGAAAAUAUUAAAGUCAAUGAAACAGCAAAUAUGCCAACACUGAUGAAUUGCACAAGAUGUGGAUAUGUGUCUUCACAGGAUGUUUGCAAAGCAUGUGUUCUAUUAGAAGGUUUAAAUAAAGGUUUACCUAGAUUAGGUAUUGGUAAAUCAAGCAAAGUGAAAAGAAUAUUAGAGGAAAAUGAGAAGAGAAAUCAAAAUGAAUGUUGUAAAACAAAAAAUUCUUCAUGUUGUGCUGCACAAAAUAAAUGUUGUAAGGAAGCACAAACUAAAAACACCGCAAAUAAUAUAUCAUUGAAUAAUUUACUUCAAUAAACUAUAUACAAAAUCA